AUGAGUCACCGGCACAACGAUCAACGAUCGAGAAAUUCUGGUUCGCGAAAAAACCAUCGUUCCAGAUUGCGCAGUCCACCAGCAGCAUCUCGUGCAUUGAAGUCAAGCAAUGAAGCAGAGCAAACAAAUUUGAUCCAUUUCUCCUUUCUCAACCACAAAACGGAGCUGAACCGUGUGCUAAGAGGUUACUGUGUCCGUGAUCAGCUAGUGGAUGAUGUAACUGACUUCUGGCUGUUUGUGAACAAGUACGAAGCGUUGUUAAAACGUACCGGACAACCGAUUCUACCCAAUCCAGCUGCCGAGCUCUGUACCAGUGGAACGAUUCCUGCCGAGUACAGUAAAGCCCUUGGAUGUUGCAUAUCGCUUCGAGUUCCCAUCGAUGAACUGUACGCUCGCUUAGGCGGAACAGGUUCCGGUGUCAUAACGCGCAUCAAGCUGGCCCAGCUGCUGCAAAUCGUGACGCACUAUCUAGACUUUCGUCAACGGGAAAAAUUCAACAAACUACGCAAACUACGUCAAGCACAAGCCAAUCUGCCCGUCGCCAAACAUCGGGAGGAAAUUGUGCAAGCCGUCCGUAACGAACGUGUAGUAGUGUUGGCAGGUGAUACGGGAUGUGGCAAAUCUACCCAGGUACCGCAGUACCUUUAUCGGGCCGGUUAUGAAGGAAUAGCAUGUACGCAGCCGCGUCGUAUCGCUUGCAUUUCCCUCUCGAAGCGUGUUGCGUACGAACUGUUGGCCGAGUAUCGCACCGAGGUUGGUUACCAGAUACGGUUCGAGCGUAGCAAAAACACCAACACCAAAAUACUGUUCAUUACGGAAGGAUUGCUGCUGAGACAGUUGGCAAGUGAGGACAAUCUCGAGCAGUAUUCGGUUAUUAUACUGGACGAGGUGCACGAGCGCCAUUUGCAUGGGGAUUUUUUGCUAGGGAUCGCCAAAUGUCUUAUCCGUGCACGGCCCGAUCUGAAGCUGGUGCUCAUGUCGGCUACCAUCAACAUUAAGCUGUUUGCGGAUUAUUUCUCCGAGGAGGAAGCCCGCAUUAUUGAGGUGCCGGGAAGAUUGUUCCCGAUAAAGUUACACUACAUGCCCCAGCUGCAGGAUGUACCGGUUGGAGCAGCGGGCAGUACAGCCAAACGAACCCAGAGCGAUCGUAUGAGCCCAGAACCGUACAUUCAAAUUUUGCAACUAAUUGACCAAAAGUAUCCACCGACGGAGAAAGGAGAUGUGCUGAUAUUUCUGAGCGGUUUAAACGAAAUAACGACCAUUGUGGAUGCUGCUCGGGAGUAUAACGAGAAGAACAAGAACUGGAUCAUUCUACCGCUACACAGUACGCUUUCGAUCGCCGAGCAGGACAAGGUCUUUGAUUACGCGCCGGACGGAAUGCGUAAGUGCAUCGUAUCGACAAACAUUGCCGAAACGUCCGUUACGAUCGAUGGCAUCCGGUUCGUCGUGGACAGUGGAAAGGUGAAGGAGAUGAGUUACGAUCCCACCACCAAGAUGCAACGGUUGAAAGAGUUCUGGAUAUCGAAAGCAUCGGCAGAACAGCGAAAGGGACGUGCCGGACGUACCGGACCAGGCAUUUGCUACCGCUUGUAUGCGGAAAAACAGUUUUACGACUUCGAUGCGUACAGCACGGCGGAAAUCCUGAAGGUGCCACUGGAAUCGUUGCUGCUGCAAAUGAUUUCGAUGGGCUUGCCGAAUGCGCGUUUGUUUCCGUUCGUUGAACCACCACCGAUGGAUAAUGUGGAGAACGCGAUCGUCAGUCUGAAGGAAGCGGAAGCAUUGACAGAGGACGAAAAGCUUACGCCGCUCGGUAAAGCACUGGCAAAGAUUCCCGUCGACAUUGGCAUCGGUAAGAUGCUGCUGAUGGGUUGUGUGUUUCAGCAACUGCAACCAGUGCUAACACUGGCCGCAGCAUUGAGUGUGCAGUCCCCGUUCACCAAUCGAGCGUACCGCGAUCCGGAAUGUGAGAGAGCACGCAAAUCACUCGAGUCCGAUCACGGUGAUCCAAUCACAUUGCUAAACGCUUACAAGGAAUGGUUGGAGAUUAAGCAACAUCGGACCGACUAUGGUCGCCGUGAGGAUGGUGAUCGACGCAGUGAAAGCACCAAAGUGUGGUGCCGUCGCCGAGGUCUGGAAGAGCAACGGUUCUACGAAAUCACCAAACUACGCAACCAGUUCCAGGAUCUACUGCAGGACUGCGGUCUAAUGGAGACACAAAACAACGAUCAUUUGUCCAGUGCGGAGCGAGCGAUUCGUAACGGUGAGCUACGCCAGCUAAAGGAACUUCGGAAAGCGCAUCGUAUGGAAGCACCGCGCAAGCGCAAGCUGCUCAAAUCUGACCCUUGGGGAAUGGGCGACGAUGGCGAUGAAGCAGCAGACGACGGAAAGGUGGACAUAAGAGAUGUAGAGUUUCGUUUGAGUCACGAUUCCUCCAAACUGCAGCAUCUCGUUUCGGGAGCCACCGCCUGCAGCUAUAGAGAUCUGAUGACGCUCAAGCUAAUACUUGUCAGUGGACUCUAUCCACAGGUGGCAAUUGCAGACGAGUUCAACUACUGCAAGAGCCUAUCGGAGCAAUUUUUUCACACCCGUGCAAAGCCAUACGUUUCGCUACAUCCGAUGAGUUUUUUCGGCAACAAUGCGCAACUGCUGCAACUGACGGACGCUGAAAUUGAGGAGAAACCGCCCACAUACAAAUCACGUCAACCGCUCAGCUCUCGUCACCAAAUUGUGUGCUACUUGACGCUACUGGAAACGAACAAAUCGUAUCUAACCAACACACUGCGUAUGCCGGCCGCCCAAACAAUAUUGCUGUUUGCACACACGAUUGAAACGAACACCAGCUUCUCAAGGAUCGUGUGUGAUGCAUGGCUGUGUCUCGACUUUCCAGCCCCGGAAAGAGGUCAAGCGCUACUGUUGAAAGCAACCAAACUGAGACGACUCUGGAAUCGGUUGCUUGCAGAGAAGUUAAAAGCACUCACAAUAACGGCAGACGGUGAGCUAACAAAACACGAACGAAACGCUUCGAUCGAGCAGAUGAACCUUGAGCUGUGGUCCAGUCUAGCACAGUACAUGAAUACGGAAAUUUGUUACACCAUCAAAAAGUUGCUUCCGGCAGACCUGAAAUCGCUUUACGUUGGUCCUACGAUGGUAGAUGACGAUGACGCAGAUGGUGAGCAACGAAUGGAACUGCCCAAUCCCAACCCGUUUGCGGAAGAUUUUCAACCACUGUACAAUGAAACGAAAGGAGGCAUUUUCUUGACCGAAAACAUUACUUACGGCUGUGUUGUCGAGACGGAUUGGAGCGUACAGCUGCAGGAGCAAAUUCUUGAACAGGAUUGGGAAUGUAACCAUUGUCGAGGAACGUAUCGUUUGACUGGCUUACAGAAGCUGCAACACACCGUCGUUUGCAAGCCGGUAAAAGAUGACGAAUCGAUGGUACCGAUGCCAACAGCAAGUGAAAUGGGUUCGUCAAAAAAGCUAAACAUCACGCGGUACGAUUGCCCAAACUGUGGUCAGCAGCAAAUGUUGAGUGCGAUCGACGUAUUGAAACAUAAGAAGAGUUGUAAAAAACGCAUCAAGCAGGAAUCGCAGGACUAA